AUGGCUGGCUUUCUUCAGGUACUUAAGUUCUACGCCAAAUCCGUACUCUUUGGUACCAUUCUUGCAGGAUGCGGACUCUUUGGAGUUAUAUCAUCAAUUUUGCUUAAACUUAUUGGGAAAGAAGAAUAUGCUCAAUAUGUUGUUGCUAGAGCCUUCUAUUAUACAUUCUCUAAGAUAAUGCAAAUCAAAGUAGUGGUUAAGAAUGGUCAUCGUUUAGAUGAAAGGCCUGCUAUUUUCAUUUCCAAUCAUCAAUCAGCUUUAGAUAUCUUAAUACUUGGUCGUGUGUUUGGUGUUGGAACUACAGUUACUGCCAAAUCUGUAUUAAAAUAUGUUCCCUUCUUAGGUUGGUUUAUGUUGGCUUCAGGAACUUUCUUCCUUGAUAGAGCAAGAGGCGAUAAGGCUAAGGCUGUGCUUGAUAAAGCCUUACAAAAUAUGAAAUCUCGUAAUAGAGCUAUUUAUAUUUUUGCUGAAGGUACAAGAUCAGGUUCUGAAAAGUUGGAACUAUUACCCUUUAAAAAAGGUGCUUUCCAUUUGGCCCAACAAGGUAAGAUCCCCGUUGUUCCAUUAGUUGUUUCAAAUACUUCAAAUAUCUUCAAUGCUAAGAAUAAAGUGUUCAACACAGGUGAAAUCGUCAUUGAUGUUUUAGCUCCUCAACCCUCAACACAAUUGGAAUCAAAAGAAGACGUUGAUAAGUAUUGUACUUCGAUUAGACUGAAAAUGCAAUCGACCUAUGAAAAAUUGGGUUAUUCAACUUCACCCAUAUGGACGGCAAACAAGAAGAGAUUAACUUCUCCUUCUAAGACUCCAUUGGUUGAUGGAAAUGAUUCUGGGUUUGUUGAUAUUGAUGUGUCUUCGGUUAAAAGUGAUGUUGAAAGUAUUGAAAUCAUCGAUGAAACAACCCCAUUGGCACACUCAAACGAUUAG